AUGCAAGGGCUGGGGGAGGCAGGGCUGGCGCCCUUCCUGAGGAAGACAUACGAGAUGGUGUCGGACCCAAGCACGGACACGGUGGUGUCAGACCCACACGAGUUCUCGAAGGAGGUCCUGCCUCGAUACUUCAAGCACUGCAACGUCUCCAGCUUCAUCAGGCAGCUCAACACUUACGUGGGUACUCCUUCGAACGGGAUUGUUGUUUUUGACCUUGAAGGGAAGAAGCACUUGCCGAAGAACAUAAGGAGGAGACACAAACUCAGCGAUCAUACGAAAACAUCGAGUAGUACUGUUGCUUCUGAUUACCCGGAGGCUGGAAAGGAAGCUGAACUUGAAAUGCUCAAGAAGGACCAGGGAGUGUUGAAGGCCGAGAUCCUGAAACUAAGAGAAGAGUGGAAGCACUCGCAGCAUGAGAUCAACCAGGUCGUCGAGCGGAUUUGCUAUGCCAAGAGCAGGGUGGAGCUUGAGACCGUUCGGAUGCACAACCUCUGGCCUCCUCCAAUGGGUGGUGCGGAUUUCAGGGUUAUGCAGGGUCAGACACCCAAUCAGUUCGCCGGAGAUAGUCCGUCAGAUUUGCCUUCGGUUUUCCAUGAGAUGUCGGAGAAACUCGUCAGAGACAACAUGGUCGUGGGCAACGAUGCGAUGGAUGACCCAGGAAUCUAUCUUGAGCUGGAGGGUCUGACUGAUAAGUCGUGUGGUUGGAGUCACAGAAAGCAGCCUUUGCAUAGUCGGAGGGAGUAUCUGAAGUGA